AUGCCUCUAUCUUCUAUUUUCCGUUACAGAAAGCCUUAUCUUUAUCUUCAAUUUAUUCCCGGGGUCGCUGGAUUUUCUCCCAUAUCCUUACUUCAUUAUGGUAUUAUCGUUGACCGCUGUUUAUCCCAUUUAUUACAGUCGGUCAGCCUUAACCAUCAUGAAGGUUCUUUUUGUCCGCCAUUCCUCGGUCAACAAUACCAGAAAGUGGUUUUCACCUCUCCUAAAAAUUAUCAGCUUGAUUUUAUCUUUGCUUUGAACCUAAGCCGAAGGGAUUUCUCAGCCCUACAUUGUUUAGAUUUACCAUGGAUUGUUUAG